CUAGGAACCUCCAGUAGAUGCAGUUAAUCUUUAGUGUGGUGCUGAAAUUAUCGGCUCGGUGGCUUGAACGCGGUAGUAAGCUCAAAUCGUGGUGUAUUUGAAGAAAAGUCAAAGAAAACUGAACCAUGGGCGACAUAGAGGAAAUGAGGACGACGCACAUUGAACAAUUAAAUGAUGAAGAUAAAACAACUUUCACAAUAUUUCAAUACAGAUUUCCGAAAAUCAGUGAAAGAGUGGCCACAACUACAGCAGUAACCUACAUCAUAUUUAUGCUGGUUCUUAGCUCAAUAAUAUUUAUUAUGGGAUUAAUGAACCCGGAUGGAGUGAUUUCAGAGGCUUAUACACUACUUUUAAUUGUCAUAGCUUUCGUAUAUCUUUCCUAUCUAAUAAUCGAUAUCCAUCUGAAGAAACACAGAAAAAAUAGCUUCAAUAGCUACAUUUUCAUUAACGACGCACAUAGUAACUUUAUUUAUCUCAAAAUGGGAGCAAGCUUCUUCUUUUUGGGGCUCUUCGUUCAUUCCAGUAUAUCCGUAAUUUACGAAGUCGCUCUUCUUCAAACUGAAUGCGCCUCAAUAUUCCUUGUGGUGUUUGAAAUUCUGACCCCAGUCUUCUCACUAUUUAUACUGAUUUUCAUUAUAAAAUAUCUCAAUAUGUCAAUACAUCAUAACACAAUACUAGCUCGGUUCGCAAUUAUGCAUUGCAUUGGUACGUUAAUUACGAUUGGAAUGUACAAUAUCAUGAGCGAAGCUAUAGAAUCAAUAGAGGGAGCACACUAUUCUAGACGCAUCACGUGUGAUGAGCCUCAGGCAAUCAAUGUACUCUACAAAAGUUCGGCACCAUAUUUCUACCCUUUCAUCAUCGAAUUUUGUAUUUUACAAGCUGGUAUUUUCAUUAUGCUCUGGUUUCGAAUCGGUAAAGUCUCCCCAACUACAUCCUUGAAAGCUAAUCAUGAAAUUCACAUAGACUGUAGCCAAUCCCACCGAGGCUUACUAUCAGGAUUUAUUUUAAUUACAAGCACUAUCUGCUUUAUAAUUUUAUCAUAUGUGAUGGCCGCUGAACGAGAUUACCUCAACGUUGGACCGGCAGGCGAUGAAAUAUUCGAAUUUGUGGUAUUUCUGGUCAUGAGUGCGGCUACUAUUAUUGCAUUUGUGCAAACUUCCAGAUUAUCUUUUGCCCAUGCAGAUACUACGAAAAUAGAUGAUGUCCUUCUGUUCAUCGGUGUCCCAGGCGUUUUGACUCAGUGCAUUUUGUGUGCAAUACCAGCAAUUUUUUUCGGGUCAACGAUUAGAAUUUGUAACAGAGUGAUUCAGGUCAUCCAAGUUUUUCUUCAAACGCCUUUCAUAGUAUCGCGCUUGAGGAGCCAUUGUCACAGUCCAGAGGAGCUCAAGAAUAAACCAGGUCGCCAAUGCGUCACAUUUUUAGGCAUUGCUAAUGUUUCCCUCUGGAUUUUCUAUGCUUUCUCAAAUCAUGGAGUAGAAACGCACAUGCAGAGGGCUGCAGUUUACGGAGACGUAGUUUGGGGCGUGCUUUACUACCUAACAUUACCGUUUGUGAUGUUUUACAGAUUUCAUUCAUCCGUUUGCCUUGUACACAUUUGGAAACACACUUACGUAAAGAAAACGUAAAUAGUUGACUUGAAUAUAAACUUUAUCUGUAAGAGUAUAACGUUUUGUGAUUACUACGGUUGAAAAAUAAUUUAUUGGAAUAUAAUUAAUUUAUAAAGUAACGGGCACUAUAGUACAAGAAAUUAAUUAUUGUUAGA